AUGUCCCAAGUGAAUGAUGAACUGAAGAGCAUGGAGUUUGUCCAUCAUUUGUUUGAAUUGUACACUUGGGUUCCCAAGAUGAGUUCAGCAGUUGAUCGUACUUCCGAUUUUAUUCGUUCUGUACAACUUAGUCGAUCAAAAUUAAACGAUGCCAAGUACCAAAAUAAUAAUUUAUCGUCGAAAUCAUCAAUGAAUGGAAAUCAUACAACAACAAUGGAGUGUAAUUCUCUUGGUGUAUCAAAACUUGCCAUAAAUGAUGCUUCUAUGUUACCAGAUGAAAAUCAUACUCUAUUGUAUAAAUCACCUGUAUUAAAUGGAUUACAAGAGAAUCACUACCAAUCAGUUAGUAAAACGAACAAUCCGCUUACACAACGUUCACAAUUUAUGAAAGCAGCUUCAAUUAUCGGGCAAGAUUUAGCGAAUACAUUUACCAAGUUGGAACAGCUGAAUGCGCUAGCUAGACGGCAAACAUUAUUCGAUGAUCAUAGUGCAGAAAUACAACAUUUAACUUAUGUAAUAAAAGAAUCAAUGGCUAAUUUAAAUAAUAGAAUUGCUAAUUUACAAGAAAUGACCAAGUCUCAGGGGUCUAGUGGAAAACAACAAUCAACUCAUUCACGUUCUGUUCUAAUGGUUCUACAGACACGUUUAGCUAAAAUGUCUGAUCAAUUUCGUGGUGUACUGGAAUAUCGUUCAGAGGAUAUAAAAUCACAGAAUGCACGUAAAAGUAAAUACAGUUCAAUUGAUGAUGAAACAUUAAGCAAUAAUACUACUAAUACACAAAUAGCUAAAUCACCACAUGUUAUUAUUCCAUCAGUCCUAUUAAAAGAUGAUGAACGCGCCAGAGAAGCUUUACUGAGUGGUAAUCAAGGCAAUGAUGGAUUAGAUGGUUUAGGCAGUUUUGUACCACCCACCUUGCCAAUGAAUUCAAAUUUGGGAUUUGCUCAAAAAUAUGUUAGUUCAGAUCAAACGGAUACCUAUUUAGCAUCUCGUGCAGAUACAAUGCGAAGUAUUGAGCAUACAAUUGUUGAAUUGGGACAGAUUUUUCAACAAUUAGCUACUAUGGUACAUGAACAAGACGAAUCCAUACGUCGUAUUGACGCAAAUGUUGAUGAAGCCGCCGUGUCAGUUGAAGCUGGUCAUUCAGAGUUAAUUCGUUACUUCCGUUCUAUUAGCUCAAGUCGAUGGCUUAUGAUUAAAGUGUUUUUUGUUUUAAUUGUAUUCUUUGUGAUAUUUGUUGUAUUCUUCGCUUAAAAAACAAACAAACAAACAUACAAACAAACGAUCGAUUCCUACAUCCUCAACCCCCCUACCUAUAAUUGACUUUGUUAAACUCUUAUUUUCACUUCUCAUACACUUUAUAAUGACAUAAAGAAAAUCAUACAAUAGGAAAAAUAUCUAUCACUCCUUAUAUGUUGUAUGUAAUAUAGUUGUGAGCGGGAGGGAGGAAAAAUACUAAAACAAUAUUGAAUUAAGCAAAAUUAGAAGAACCGCCUUUGACCAAUGGCUAAUUAAAGGUAUUAAUGAUAAUAAUCAGCUGAUUCACGCUCAUGUCAGAAUAUUUAGAAGCAACCAAUCAAAAAACACUUAAGUGUAACGCCUACACACUUGUAGACAGUUGACACGUUAUCUGAUUGGUGGAUUUUAUUUGACUAAUGUCAACCAGCUGAUUAUUAAUGCCUUUUUACGCCACGGUUUAAUUUUUGUCAUUCUAUCUAUCUGUCUUUCAUAUAAAUUUUCUUUAACAAUGAUAUAUAUUCAUCCUUAUGUAACUAAAGUUUUCUUCAUGGGAAUCAAUUCAAAUGACCAGAGUAACUGUUCUGCUUUGUUUCCAAUAUUGAUUUUAAAUGUCUUUCUCCCCAUUUCUUUUGUAUCUCCAUUUGUUGCUGUUGUUGUUUCUUUAUCGAUAAAGGGUGGAGGGAGAGAGAGAACGGUUUUUAAUUCAUGUUUCUUUUUUCUGAUGGCUUUCUUCACAAUUUUCACAAUACUACUCAUAUCGGUUAAUCAGUCAGUAGCGUGUAUGUCAAGCAGUGUACAAUUUUGUAUUAUUUAUAAAAUUUGUGUACAGAUUGUUGUGAAUAUAUAUACAUACUUGUUGGUUUGACCUUGUUUAAUUGGAUUGUCUGUUUGUCUAUCCACCUGUCUGUCUGUCUAUCUAUUUAUUUUAUUGCCUCUCUCAAGGAUAUGAUGUGUCUACUGUGUUUCUCCAUUAUCAAUUCAGCCUUUCAGAAACUAAAUUGUAUUGUAAAACGUUAAUACAGAUUCUUUAUUGUUAAUGUAACUAUUAUUAUUAUUAUUACUUGAUAAAAAUGAGUACUACUUGUGGAAGAAUAUCAGUAGAGUGUUCAGUGUUUCAAUGUCUGUGUGAAUUAUAAUAAUCUGUAUUCGUUUAGGAGAUGGGUGACAUUUUUAAAAUUUUUGCUACUCUUAGGUGAGGUGAGAAAUUUUAAUUCAACAGAGAUUGUAUCAUUUAAUCGUAUAUUUGCAAACAUUUGUUUUGUUUCAGCUCUUCUGUAGUGUUAUUCUGGAAUAGAGUGAGUGUGUGCGUGUACGUGUGUGUGUGGUAUGCGGAAGGGGGGAGACUGAAUGAAGGAAUUGUGAUUGCUGCCGGUUUGAAGGGUUAUUGAUAAGUCGUUAUUAUUAUUUAUUUAUUUAUUUUUUGAUUGACUUCACUUCUCUACCGUUUCUUUUUCUCUCGUGUCGUUGAUAAAAGAAAGAUGAACAAUUUAAAUUAAUGAAAUUUCUUUUUUGUA